AUGCUAUACGGAGUGCUACCUUGGCUUGUGAAGAUGCUUUCAAGUAUUCUCAACAUGGCUGUAGCCCCAUGUGUUCCGUGUAACCUAAAAGAUACGUAUGCGAUCAAUGUUACCCUCGCGCUGUCACUGAAGGUCUUCCGCGCCAUCGACGAUCUGCUGCCACGACGAGCGUCUGUACUUGAAUUUGUAGCAGACUUUGAGACAGGGAUGUGGAAGGGGCUCCAUGAAGUGUAUCCUGGGUUGCAAAUCAAGGGGUGCUGCUUCCACUGGAACCAGGCUGUCUGGAGGAAGGUGCAGGGGCUCGGUCUGGCGCAGCAACACAUUAUUGGCGACGGCACCUGCAAGUUCAUCAAGAAGGUCUUCGCCAUCCGGUUCCUUCCUUCAGAGCAUGCGGAAGCAGCCUUCGACGGUCUCAGAAGAGGAACACAAGUUCAAGGACUGGUGACCCUCAUGGACUAUGUGGACCGCACCUGGAUGAGGAGCAGCGUCUGGUCGGUGAACGCCUGGUCGGUCUUCAACCAGAGUGUGAGGACCAACAACGAUGUGGAGGGCUAGCAUCACCGACUGAACCACUGUGCCCUUGGAACAGCCCCUCCCUUCUACAAGUUGGUUCCGAUGCUCCACACUGAAUCCAGGCUGGUUCCUCUGACAUGCCGGUUUGUCUCUGAGAGGAAGAUGCGACGGCGACAGAGGAAGGCCUUCAGGAAUCUACAGGGGAAAAUUUUCGAACAAUGAGUGGAUGCUGUAUGCAUGCAAGCAUGCAUAUUUAUG